AUGAUCCUCAGGGCGCGUGUUAGCCAAGGCAAGAAGGCCAAGCAGGACGCGGAGCCGGACGACGCGAUCCUCACCGAGGCGAUUUGCGUCGCUAAGCGUGGGGCCGCCGAGCUGGCCAGCGCGGCCCUGGUGGAGUCCUUGGAGGCGGAGCUCGUGCCCGUCUUGGACGCGAUCGCGGCGAAGCUCGGGAGUCGCACCGCGACGGUGCCCCAGCAGGCGCUGGGCCACGGCAGCUCCACGCCCCUGGGCGAGCAGGAAGGAGCCUCCGACGAGAGCCACUCGCAGACCCGCAGCGACGACGAGGAGGAGGACCUGCGACUGGCCUCCGCCGCCGCGGCUCCGUCGGCGGAGUGCGGCCGCAGCCAGCCGCGGCACGAGGUGCAGCUGCCGCCCCUGACCCCGAGGGACCCCUGGCUGGCGGGCCGCGCGGAGGCGCCGCCGCCCGGCGCAGACGCGCCCGGCCCGGAGGCGGCGGCGCCCGCCGCCGGCGGCGGCGGGGGCUGCCAGUCGGCGAGGGGCCGCGCCUCGGGGAGGUCGCGGCCGACGAGGGGCCACGAGCAGGCGGUGGCGCUGGCCACGGAGCGCUGCCGCGCCUUCACGGGGCCGGGCGCGGCGUGGCGCAGCCCCCGCGGGGCCUCCGACGUGUCCACCUUCGCGGACACCUACCAGAGGUCCUGGGGCGUCUCGGGCCGGCGGAUUCGCGGCGCCCAAGGGCCGGUGAGUUCGGCGCCGUGCUCCUGGUGUCGGUAUGUAUGGCAUCUGUCUGGCGCGCGGUCGCCGAGCGACAGGGUGCUGAGCUGGAAUCAGUUCGCUAGGGACGCAAGCCAAUGAUAGGAAGCGUGGACUUCCUGAUAACUUUGCGGGUGUGCCUGGGUGCAGAGUUUUUGUCCUGAACCUGAUUGCCCCUCUCUGCAACAUCCCGUUCGUGUUUGAUUUUGCUGCUCCUACAUUUAUCUCACCGCUGAGCCUAGUAACCUUUUUGAAGACGUCGUUCGCCAAGACACGCAGUGUGUCAGAUCGCGGCGGGCGGCCGCCGCCACGAACGAAGGUACGCAACCUCAUUGGUGGUGAGAAGAUUUGGUGAAAGGAGUUGGCAAUGAGGAUGCGACCUACCUCGGAGACUGUGCUCCCCGAGGCCUUCGCCGAUGUUUGUAUUCAGGGCGCUGCGCAUAAUGACCCAGCGUCGGAGGACGAUGGUGAAGUCUGGUGUUGCGACCCCUGUUGUCCCUCCUCCUCCUCCUCCUCCUCCUCCUCCUCCACCUCCUCCUCCUCCUCUCUGCUGCUCUGCUGUCCCCCGUUCCGUUGUCCUUGGUCAUUUCCCGUGCUGACAUAGGCGGCCAAGUCAGAAGUCUUCAAACUACGAUUCCGAUUCCGACUCCGAGGAGUAAGGGGAGUAGGACGCGCAAUCGGGCAAGGUGGAACAGCAUCGCCGGUUUUGCACCGAUCUUGGCUGUGCGCGCGCGCGCGCCCGAGGCGCGCGCAACGCGCUGGCCCCAUCUAGUUCACCACAGGCUGUAGUGAGCUCAUGAAUUUCUGCCGCCCGCUCAAGGAUGCAUCCCCUCCGCCUUCUCUCAGCUACGCGCAAGUGGGUGUCACAUGUACAUGCCUCGCAGACCUUGACCAUCCGCCUCGCAGACCUUGACCAUCCGCUGCCCGCGCCGCUGUGAUUAUCCGCCUUCAUGUUGCGUGCUCAUGGGGAUUUGGUCACGAUCAGCCCGCAUGAGCGCUUUAAUGUGGAUGCAGCCGCGCUUGCACUGGCAUCUCACGUGAAACGUGUGCCUGGAUGUCGCAAGCUUGGUUUCUCAGCCUGUAGCCGCACUCUCAGAAGUUUAAAAGGGGCAGUCGCAGGGACGGGCGCAGCGGAUGUAGACACUGGUAACAGCGGUUGGUGUUGUCAUCCUAUACAUCCGAGUGGUUUCGUGUUGUCGUUUUCUCGCGUGCUGGUGACAUGGUAUCAGCGACGACGUUGGCGUCAAGCAGCGUUGUGCACAAUUGCAGGGUUGACCAGCCACGGCUGUGACGGCGAUUCGAUCGUUGGCAACAGCCAUCGCGACGAGCACAAUGAGAGUGGUGAUGCCAUGCAGCAGGCAGCAGGGCGAUGCUGAUGCGGAUAUGUACGAAGGCAGCGAUACUGAAUAUGGCACCCGCCAGUAGCACUUGCAGCGUUGUUUAUGACGUGAAGGCGAUAGCCAUGACAAGGAGGCCAGCACGCUUUGACAUCCUUCCCGAACCUCGACCAGAGUUCGAUACAGCUCCGCUUCGCUCUGCUCUAGGUGGCAUUGUUUCUGAUGUGCUUUUUGGGUGGUUGAGAUAGGUUGGGCACUCGGGGCGGUGGAAGCAGCCGCAGGACCCAUAGGUGCUGAGCGCCAUUGUAUAGCAACGCGCGCUUCUGCCAUUCUCCGUUGGCUGUCUCACGGCUUCUUGUCCUCGGCGCAUUCGCUGGCCGAGCACGCUCUAGCAGGGAUUGGGGGGCACUGCGCGCGAUGAUGUGCACGCCAGAGGGCGUUGAAGCAGAAGGUAUCAACAUCAAUGCGUCCAUCCUGAACGCCUCAAAGACGCGCGGCACGUAGGAGAAUUUGGCCGACUCCGGAAACCCUGAAUCCAAGCAUGUUCACGUCUCAUUGUGACUUCCGCCGCAUUCCGCUGGCCUUCGGCCUGGUUCCACCGGCGCACCCGCCGCCUUGUUGCUUCCGCCAGUUUCUGAAGCGCGCCAUCUGAAUGGCGGGGGAGCCCUUUCUGGAGCGCGCCAUAUGAAUCAAGAGGGACUGGAUACGCCAGGCUUGUCUCGCACCCUUCCGCAAAUCGUGCGCGCAGGAUGCCCAAAUUGUCAAGCAUCAUAGCGCCAUGGUGCAUGGCGCGAUGCUUUUAAGUGUAUCUGCGCAACUUUUGGCAGUGUUUUCCGCGUGUAGAAUAGAGACACCAUUGCGGCAUUUCGCAAUGCAUUCGUUGGCGGAUAUUACGUGUCAACCAGUUGUUCACGGAAGCACAUAUUGUUCUGAUUUGAGCGCUUCUUAAAACGGCGCCCUGCUUUUGCUCAGUGCAAUACAAUUGUGAUGGUGAUGGAUGCAGCUCUGAUC